AUGGGUCAAAUUCUAUCUAAUCCCAUUGUUGAAAAACAUAUCGAAUCUUCUAAGGAUGAAUUCACUGCUUUUGGUUUAUGUGAUAUGCAAGGUUGGCGUAUGUCAAUGGAGGAUGCUCAUAUUACCCAGUUGAAUAUUGGUGAUGGUUCAACUUCCAAGGAUCAUAUUGCUUUUUACUCGAUCUUUGAUGGUCAUGGUGGUUCAACUGUUUCACAAUUUUGUGGUGAAAAGUGUACUUCUAUCUUGCAGAAAGAACCUAAUUUUAUCAAAGGUGAUUUGAAACAAUGUUUAAUUGAUUUAUAUCUAUCUACAGACAAGGAAUUGUUGAAGGAGCCUGCUAUUAGAAAUGACCAUAGUGGGUGUACCGCUACUUCCAUCUUGGUUUCUAAAUUGCAAAACUUGGUUGUUUGUGCAAACGCUGGUGAUUCAAGAACUGUUUUAUCUACUAAUGGUAUCGCAAAGGCUUUGUCCUAUGAUCAUAAACCUACUUUAGCUAGUGAAAAGUCAAGAAUUGUCGCUGCUGGUGGGUUUGUAGAAAUGGAUCGUGUCAACGGUAAUUUGGCUUUGUCAAGAGCCAUCGGUGAUUUCGAAUUCAAAUCAAAUGAUGAAUUAUCUCCUGAAGAACAAAUUGUCACUUGUGUGCCAGACGUUAUGGAACAUUCGCUAGAUUACUCAAAGGAUGAUUUCGUCAUCUUGGCUUGUGACGGUAUUUGGGAUUGUUUGACUUCUCAAGAAUGUGUGGAUUUGGUUAAUUACGGUAUUUCAAAAGGUGAUAUGACUUUAGCAGAUAUCUCUUCAAGAAUUAUUGAUGUUUGCUGUGCACCAACUACAGAAGGUACAGGUAUCGGUUGUGAUAAUAUGAGUAUUGUAAUUGUAGCAUUAUUAAAGGAAAAUGAAUCCGAAGAUGAAUGGUUUACCAGAAUAAGGAAUAAAAAAUACCAAGUUAAUGAAACUUUUGCUACCAAGAGAAGAAAGAUCUUUAAUUAUUUCCAAUUCCCUGAAAACGAUCCAAACAAUGAUGAUGAUGACAAAAACCCUGUAUUCGAUGUUACUUUAAGAAAAGUCUCCCCUGAAGAAGCUAGCAGAGAUGCAGAAAAGAAGAGAAUCAGCGGCCCUGUCGAUUUAUUGUCAUUAGAGGCUAUAUUGGGUGCCAGUGGUAUUGAAAUCACAACUAAUGGUGAAAAUGGCGAUGGUAACGGUGCACCUAUCAUUACUGGUAGUGCGUUAUCUGAAAUGCUAGCUUCCUUAAGUAAUGCUGCUGCCGGUGAAACAGAACCUGAAGAUUUUGAUCCGGAAGAUGAUGACAAAUUACAAGAAAUUAAAUAA